ACCAACCACUUGAACAACCAUCUUGUCAACCCCUCCUCCUUACCCUUCAUCUUACUGCAACUCACUCAAGAUGUCGUUCGGUAAACUCUACGGCUUCAAGGACAAUGCCCGCUCCACCGUUCUUCUAGCGGUCGCAAAGGAGAACAACCUCGAUGUUGAGCUCGUUGAGACUCGUCCUCCCAAUACCGACAUUGAGUACCUCAAGUUGAACCCUCUCAACCGAGUCCCAACAUUCGUUGGCGCCAAUGGCUUCAUCCUGACUGAGAGUAUCGCAAUCGCCAUCUACUUUGCAUCUCAAAACGAGAAAACCACCCUCCUGGGCAAGACCAAACAAGACUACGCUUCCAUUGUCAGAUGGAUGUCCUUCUCGAACUCCGAGCUCCUUCCUUCCAUCGGUGGAUGGUUCCGUCCUCUCAUCGGAAAAGACCCCUACAACAAGAAGUCCGUCGACGACGCCAAGGCUGCUGCGACCAAGGUUCUCAAGGUCCUUGAGCAACACUUCUUGGUUCACACUUUCCUCGUUGGCGAGCGUCUCACUCUUGCCGACUUGUUCACUGCUUCUCAGAUUGCACGUGGUUACCAGUAUGUGCUGGACAAGGCAUGGCGAUCCCAGAACCCCAACACCACUCGUUGGUACGAGACCAUUGUCAACCAGCCGAUCUGGAAGGCGAUUGUUGAGCAGCCAAUCUUUGUCGAAGAGGCUGUGAAGUACACACCGCCAAAGAAGGAAGCUAAACCUGCGAAGGCGGCGGCUCCAGCUGCAAAGAAGCCCGCCAAGGAGGAAGAAGAGGAAGAGGAGGCAAAGCCAGAGCCCAAGCCCAAGCACCCUCUUGAGGCGCUUGCCAAGCCAACUCUCAUCCUUGAUGACUGGAAGCGAAAGUAUUCAAAUGAGGAAACCCGCGAGGUCGCCCUCCCGUGGUUUUGGGAACACUACAAGCCCGAAGAGUACUCUCUCUGGAAGAUUGACUACAAGUACAACGACGAACUGACCCAGGUCUUCAUGACUUCCAACCUCAUUGGCGGUUUCUUUGCCCGUCUCGAGGCUUCCCGCAAAUACUUGUUCGGAUGCUGCUCGGUCUACGGCCAAGCCAAUGACUCUGCCAUUCAGGGUGCCUUCAUGGUGCGCGGUGACGAAGCUCUUCCCGCUUUCGAUGUCGCUCCAGACUAUGAAAGCUACGAAUUCACCAAGCUUGACCCAAGCAAGCCAGAGGACAAGGCCUUCGUCGAGGACCAGUGGUCAUGGGACAAGCCAAUCGAAGUGAACGGCAAGAAGUACGAGUGGGCUGAUGGCAAAGUCUUCAAGUAGAUGACACAAUAAAGGCGUGUUUCGGGCUAGUCAUGCACUACCUAGGUAUGGGCGGGACAUGUGAAGAGAUGUGCAUGGAGAAGAUGAGAGUGAUGAUGAUGAUACCAUGAGAACGGUUACCUGCAAAAGUACAUGCUCAAGAUUGGUGUCAUUUCAUAAACCAAUACCAAUGCAGCAAUAGAAUGCAAUGCAUGUACGUCUUGUCCCUCUUUCAGAUCAACCGUCAAAAGUGUCGUUGCAUUGGUUAUUGCAAGCCUUGAGGCUCGACACGCGCUUGUUCCAAGUUCAGAUGGCAGACGGGAAUUAGAGGCCUGAGGGGGUUUCUGGCCAUCAACAUUCAAUUUGGAUCUCUUGCUCCUUUCUCAAAAAAAGAGGAUACUGUGCCCGAUAGAGCC